CAGAGAUGCACGAAUUGUUUUACGAAGUUUACCGAAGAAAUCCGAUGAUUCUCGGUCACCCUAGUACCCAGUCUUAAUCUGUUCAACAUUCAAGAUGGCGAAAGGCAAGAGAGGGAAUGGAAGAAGACAGCACGAUCGAACGAAGAAAAACGGUAAAAAACCAUCAAAAGGUCAAAAGCGGUAUCUUAAAGAAUAUGGAAAAGGGCAUCCUGUGGAUACAGAACACGGGAAAAAGGUGAAGAGACCAAGGCAAGAAUUCAAUAGAGCUCAGAAUCAUGAAUCAGAGAGUUCAGAUAGUGAACAGGAGAUUGCUAAUCCAUACUUAGAGUUGGUGAACACAUUAGGCAUCAAUUGUAGAUUAUACACAGACGAGUUAAAAGAGAAAUGGAAAGGGAAUGAGAGUGAAGGAGAUGAAGAUGAAGAAGAAAUGGAACAAGUUGAAAGUGAGGAAGAAGUUGCAGAAGUUAGAAAGCAUGUUAAUGGUGACAUAGCAUCGACAGAACCAGAGGGAUUUCAGAAUGAAGGAGAAGAACAAAAUAGUGAUACUGGCUUUGACACAGUUCAAAAACGUUACACCACUAAAGCUGAUAGUAAUGACAGAAAUGAUGAUAACGAUGAUGAUGAGGACGGGGAUGAUGACAGUGAUAAGGAUGACGAUUUUGGUGACAGUGAUGAGCAAACUGAAAAUAUUGACGAUGAUUAUAGAAAAGAAAAUGUGGUAAAUGAAGAAAGUGAUGAUGAUGACGAUGAUGACGAAAAGGAGGAUGAUGAUAAUGGAAGUGACAAGGAACAUGGCAAAGGAAAAACUUUAACAGGAUCUAGAGAUCCAUUUACUGUUCAUUUUGAGCAAGACCUCGACGAAAGUGUUGAGAAGUCUCUUGGCAAUCUCAGAACAUGGCAGCAGAAAACAAGAAAAAUUCCUUCAUUUGGUAGCGUAACUGAGAUAGUUCCAUCUGCUGAGGAUUUACCCACUGUAGAUAUAAACAUUGAGAAGGAAGCAACAUUUUCUGAUUUGAAGGUAGAAGCAAGACUUGCUCAAAAAUGGCAGGCCAUCAAUAAAUUACCUGCCUCUGAAGGUGUGUUCACUCCUCUUCAGCGGGAUCUCUUUCAUAAGAUCAACUCAUAUCAGGAUGUAUUUUAUUCCAACCGAACGUUCCAAAAUGGUGAUGAAAUAAGAAGGCUUUAUUGUCUUCAUGCUGUCAAUCACAUUUUGAAGACACGUUCCACAGUGAUAAAGAACACAGCUGCAAUUGUUCAAUCUUGGAAAGACAAGAAAGACAUUGGUGAACAACGUGAUCAAGGACUAACAAGGCCAAAGAUAGUGAUUUUGGUUCCAUUCAGAGAUGCAGCAUUAAAAGUGGUUGAAGUGUUGAUGCAAUUGAUCUGCCCAGGAGAAGAGGGCCAAGUUAUGAACAAGAAACGCUUCUAUGAUGAGUUCACUGAAAAUGAUGAUGGUGACAGUUCUAAAGACUUUGGGUCUGAGGACUUUAAACAGAUGUUUGCAGGAAACAUUGAUGAUUGUUUCAGGCUGGGAAUUUCUGUCAUGAGAAAAUCCAUGAAACUUUAUGCAAAGUUUAACUCUUCAGACAUCAUUAUUGCUUCACCCCUUGGUUUGAGGACAAUCAUAGGAAAUCAGGGAGAGAAGUCCUAUGAGUAUGAUUUUCUUUCGUCAAUUGAAGUUGUCAUUAUGGACCAAACAGAUGUCUUCCUGAUGCAAAACUGGGAACAUGUUCUGCACAUUUUCGAUCACCUUCAUAAGCAACCUAAAGAUUCUCAUGAUGUGGACUUUUCUCGUGUCAGAAUGUGGUGCCUGAAUGGAUGGUCUAAAUAUUACAGGCAGACUCUAAUAUUCAGUAGUUUUGUAUCACCUGAAAUGAAUUCACUCUUUAACAGGCACUGUUACAAUUUUGCUGGAAAAGUGAAAAUUUCUUUGUCAGACAUACCAGGUUCGAUUUGCCAAGUAGCAGUGCAGGUUCCUCAGGCUUUCCAUCGUUUUGACUGCUCCAAUUUUUCUGAAGCAGCUGACAAAAGAUUCCAUACCUUCAUUAAUGAGAUUUUACCAGAGUUCAAAGGUUCUCUAAUGGGUUACACAGCCAUUUUUGUCCCAUCUUACUUUGACUUUGUGCGGCUGAGAAAUUACUUCAAACGGGAGGCCAUAGAGUGUGCGCAGAUUUCAGAGUACUCGCAACAGAAGGAGAUACAGAGGGCUCGUACAUAUUUCCAGCAAGGACAACGACCGUUUCUUUUGUUUACAGAAAGAUUUUACUUUUUCUUUAGGUAUCGAAUCCGAGGGAUUAAGAACAUCAUAUUCUAUGAACUCCCACAUUACUCCACCUUCUACACUGAGAUUCUGAACUAUAUGGACACAAGAAAGAGUCGUUCAGACUCGCAAAUCAAUCCAGUGACUUGCACUGUCUUGUACACAAAGUCUAAUGCGCUAUGUUUAGCCAGAGUGGUGGGCACACAGCGCUGCCGUCACAUGAUAUCUUCCGAUAAGCAGGUGUACAUGCUAGUUACUGGUGGCGACGAGGACACGUGAAUGGUUAUGGUAUUCUUGUACACGCACUGUGUAAAGAAUAUACCUUGCAGUCUAGCGAAGCCCUGAAUACAGUAGCUGUCAGCUUUGGGUAUUGAAAUGGCAGUAGUUGCUCUUGCCAAGCCCAAGCCCAAAGCCAAAGCCAAGAGGCCAUGUGCUGAAAUCAUUCCCUGCUGAGCAGACCGCCGAGACUCAAUAUUGAUGGCAUGAUUCUACAGAGAUCCACGUCUCCCUUGGGUUGUUUCUUAUGUGUGAACAAUCAAGCUCAAACCAACAAUUAAGCCACAGUACACUGAUCUCGUUAGGCUUAUAUAGUCCUGGAUAUCAUUAUAUCUGAUCUCAGAGAUUUGGACGACAACCACUGGUAUUGGUCGUUUGGUGGCAGUUAUGAACGUCGCAAAGAAUUGCACCCUAACUAGUAUAUUCAAACAGAAUGAAACUGUCAGUUUGUUUUGUGCAGUUGAUGCAGGCAUCGAGGUUAACAUUUCUUAAAUUUUAUCAUGAGCUGUUGUUACUAGUAACAAAAUUUAGUAAACGCACAUGGUGUUCUCUACUUGUCUUCUUUAUGGUGUUCUCUACUUCUCUUCAUUACGUGUAAUGUUCUAUAAAAUUUCUCUUUCUUUGAUAUCAAAGUGCAAAUAAACUAAACCGCAGUAA